AGUUUAGAAGAGAAGAGAGGAUGUUAGUUUGUUAAUUUUGUGACAUAUGAUACUAUUCUAAUCCAGGUUAGUUGAUAUAGCUUUUAGCAUGUCCCAAACCAAGAAUUUGACUGAAUCCCACAACGGUCUAGGUCCACCAAGACGACGCCUUGCUCGGAUCCGAUGUCUCCUGGAAUGUGUUAAGUGUCUCCACGAGAAGAAGUCGUUGCCAGAAUCUUUCUGUUAUGUGGCAUCAGAAGUUGAAUAUCGGAGUCAAUGCAAAACGACUAUCAAACUGUACCCCGAACCCAGGAAAACCAAGAAACUGACAGGGUUCCAGCCCAAGGAGCUGCAGCUGAUCACAGAGUCCCGCCUCGUGGCCACUGGAGAGGAGUUCUGUGACAAUCAGGGCAAGUGGCUUAAACUGAGAAAGUAUAAAAUAAAUGCCUCAGAUGAAUAUCAAGUAUUUGAUAAAGAUGUCUGGACCAUGCAAUACAGCAACAAAUCGGUAUCAGAUGACUCGCCAGCAAUUGUACCUGUAGAGAAAGAUCCUAAAAAGAUUGUCAUCAACAGUUGGGAAGAUGUUAUAGAGCAGCGAUUCUCUGUUCAACUUGUACCAGGUAAACACAAAAUUACCUCCCCUGAGGAGGAAUGUGUGGCUCUGUUAAGAGAGAUUCCCCCUAACUGGACCCUGGAUCAUGACGAAUCUCUCGUACAUCUCAUGUCCCAACACAUACCCCCUGAAAAUGACCAUCUGGGCAGCAUCAAAAACUUUGUGGAAUCAGUUCAUGUGUCUACUUUUGGAGAUGAUGAUACAGGACCAUCUUGUCUGACUGAUGGACUACUAGACACAUACUGGGAAAGUGACGGAAGUCAAGGCAACCACUGGAUUCGACUUAAAAUGAAGAAAGGAACUGUCAUACUGAAGUUGCAGUUGACUAUAGAUGGAAGUGAUGAUAACUAUGUGCCAUCUAAAAUUGUUGUUCAAGGUGGAGAGCAGGACAAUCAAAAGACAUUAAACACAGUGGAGGUAGACAGGGAAUAUUCAGAUGUUGAGGACAUCACAUUACUAGAGAAUAUGACAGAACAUUUUCCAUUCAUUACCAUAAAUAUUAAGGAAUGUAAAGGUGGAGGAAUAGACACUCGAGUGAGGGGGCUUAAGAUCCAGUCAUCUGAGGGACGGUAUCUGGGAUUCGAUAGAGACUUCUUCAAGGGAGAGAACUUGUCUAGAUUUCCCAAACUUGAGUCUUAUUCUCCAGACCAGCUAUAUAGAAGAUCCCAACUCCUCCAAAGGUUCGUAGUAAUUUUAGACAGCGUUCUACAGUUCAUUGUACCAGCUUGGGAGUACACCGUGGGGUCAUACAGUUCCAUGGAGCAUGUCAGGCAACUGCUUCCUUUGUCCAAAAAAAGACUGACCUUGAUUGAAAUGUUUCUGAAGGAUUCAUGUCUGGAAAGACCUAUUGAAAUGCCGAAGUUAUUUAUAAAUCGUCGAGCAGCAAUGGAACAUCGAUGUGACCCUAGUCUAGAUCCUGAGUACAAACACAGUAUAUUUAAUCAGAUUUAUGAAGGACUAAAACCAAAGGAUAGAAGUUCGAAGCUCUUAAACUACAGGUGGUCGUCGAGGUAUGACCAGUGGUGGGAGUGUAAGUUUAUGUCAGAGGGGGUGAUAGAUCAGGGUGGGGGAUUCCGGGACAGUCUGUCUGACAUUGCUGAGGAGCUCUGCCCCACAAGUAGUGAUACCCCUGUCCCUCUUCCAUUCUUCAUCAGGUCACCAAACCAGUUUUGUGAAGAUAUAAAUGUAAACAGAGACACUUACAUUCCAAAUCCAUCCUGUAAAGAAUUUCUAAAGUAUGAGUGGAUUGGUCAGCUGAUGGGGGCGUGUCUGAGAGGAAAAGAAAACCUGAUUUUAUCAUUGCCAUCAUUUGUGUGGAAGAAGUUAUCAGGGGAGAAGACUAACUGGGCCAGAGACUAUGUGUCUGUAGAUGCUGCAGAGGUUCACCUCAUUGACAGUCUCCUGCAGAUGAAGGAGGAGGACUUCUGUGCUCUCGGUAGAACGUGGAGCAUGACCCGUGCUGAUGGUACACCAGUCACCAUUAAGAUGGACACAGAUGGGAAUCCCGCAGAGCUGAAGUUUGAAGACCGUGAGGAUUAUUGUGUAGCAGUGAAGGAAAUCAGAAUGAAUGAGUUCAAUUCACAGAUUGAGGCCCUCAGGAGGGGAUUACUAAAGGUGGUGCCACAGGCGGUGCUUGAUCUUUUGACCUGGCAGGAGGUUGAGCACCGUGUGAGUGGUGACCCAGAUAUUACAAUAGAGGCACUCCGGCGGUCUAUUCAUUAUGAUGAUCUAGAUGAGAAAGAUACUAGAGUAAAAUACAUGUGGUCUGCUCUCACCAAUUUCACCAAUGAGGAUCGCAGUCGAUUCUUACGCUUUAUCACUGGCCGGCGACGAUUACCGGCUCCUGUAUAUAUAGCCUCCGGCAAAAGUGAUGCUAUUGAUUGUCUCCCUGAAUCUUCUACCUGUGCCAACAUGUUGUACCUGCCAAAUUACACCAGUGCCCAGGUCUGUGAGGAGAAGCUCCAUUAUGCUGCCUAUAAUUGUGUCGACAUGGACACAGAUGUUAACUACAUGGAUGAAUAAUACCACUUUACUAGCUGCAAUAUAAACUUGAUAUGUGGAUAUUUGUGAAAACAAUGUGAUAUUUAUGUUGUUUGUAGAAUCAGUCAGGAAUAUUUGAUAUUACUGUUUUUAACUAUCUGACUUGCAAAUGUACAAUUGUAUACAUGUAUACUUGUAUGUUGUAAUAAAAUAAGUCUGAAAAUAA